AUGUUUUCGCAAGAAGAGGCAGCAAAAGUUGCGCGGACGUUAAUCCAGCGCGAGUCGCUUGCCAAUGUCAACACUAUCUACCCCGAAUCCAGUCCUCAUGCUGGUGUACCGGUAUCGUUUGUUGAGUACUACGCGGACUGUCACCAUGACGGGAAUCCCGUGAUGAUUGUGGUUGAUAUUGGGACCACCUUCCGCAACGAGGCCAAGGGUUCGCCUCUUUCCUUGUCUGUCAGAACGGGAGACCACCAGGGGAACGACUUGGUGAACCCAUCCUACCCUGGCGGUAUUAUUGGCUCUACUGCCGGCUCUCCACGUGUCAACUUGCGUGGUAAAUUGCACCACUACGCCAAGGACGAGUUAUCCGAGGAGGAGGUCCAGAGCUUGGAGCAGUGCUUUGUCAAGAGACACAAGGAUGCAAAGUGGUGGUUCCCAAGAGAGGGGAACCAGGUCCACACCACCCACUGGGGGAAGUUCAUGGUGGAGGAUGUCUACAUGGUCGGUGGGUUCGGUGACCGGGCGUACAUCGGGGACAUUGACGGAGAGUUGUACCGUGCAGCCGAGGAGGCUUUAAUCGACUGA